GUUGUGUGUAAAUGUGUGAGGAGGAGGAAGGAAGAACAUGGCAAGGAGCAAGAGGAGGCAUGGAGGAACGCGGGGGGAACGUGGGGGGGAAGGAACAAGGGAAGGCGAGGGGCGGGGGAUUCGGAGAAGAAGAACCUCAGGGGGAAGAAGGCGGGGUCGAAUAUGGGAUGAAACGAGGGACGGAAAGGAGGGAGAAGGUGUGGACGCGGAUGGGAUGGAACGCAGGACGGAAGGGAGGGAGAAGGCGCGGGGAAUGUGCGAAGGAGGAGGAGAUGGCAGGAAGAAGAAGAUGGCAAGUAGGAGAAGGAAAGGGGAGGGAGGAUGUGGCGCAAGAAUUGCGUGACAACGACACUGAGGAAGAGGAACCUAGUAACGACGAUGAUGAGGAGGGUGAAUCGAGUGACGACGAUGAGGAGGAGGAGGAAACGAGCGAGGAUGCCGAUUCAGAAGACACAGACUCUGAGGAUGAUGAAGGGAAGACCGAAUCGGGAAUUGAUGUCGACAUGUUCAAAAAGAGUGUAUCUGGAGAUCUUUUAGGAGAAGCGAAGCAGAUAAUAGCACAUGACGUGAGAAGAGGACUAUACAGCAAAUCAAGCAAGAGUAAGAAACCUCCUUACAACUUGGGAAAGCGCGGCCGGAACGUACGUGUGUACAACAAGAAAGCUAACCACCACGUGAACAUGAAGAAUGUCGAACUGGUUCUGAAGGAAAAUUGCCACAAGGCCAAAUGUUACAAGAAGUUCACGGCGGUAGAUGUUUUGUACAAGAGCGAAGAAUUUUGGGCGAUGAAACAACCUGAGCAACUCAACUUCUUUCUCGCAGAGAUAAAGGUUGCGUCGUACUUUUCGAAUGAGGGAGAUUAAGAGGUGUUAAGGGUGACGUUCAACGGCGUAAAGGUUUGCACAAAAG